AUGGUUACCUUCUCGGGGCUCUUCUUGGCUGCUUGUGCCUUCGCAAGUGCCUUUGCAGCUCCCACUGAAAUCAAUGUGGCGAAGCGAGCUCUCUAUACAAGCCAGACUGGAGAAUGCAAUGGCUACCAUUACUCUUUCUGGACCGACGGUGGUGGUAAGGUCGAGUACAACAAUGAAAAGAACGGUGAAUAUAGCGUGUCUUGGGAGAACUGUGGCGAUUUCACCUCUGGUAAGGGCUGGAGCAUUGGUAGUGCCCGCAACAUCCACUAUGCUGGAGAUUUCAAACCCUCCGGAAAUGCCUAUCUUGCCGUGUAUGGCUGGACUAGGGGCCCUCUUGUCGAAUACUACAUCUUAGAGAACUACGGAACCUACAACCCCGGCCCUAGCUUGACCUACAAGGGAUCUUUCGCUAGCGAUGGAUCAUUCUAUGAUAUCUACACCCACUUGCAGGUCGACCAGCCCUCUAUUGAUGGCCCAAAGAAAACCUUUGUGCAAUACUGGUCUAUCCGCCGCAAUAAACGCUCGGAUGGAACUAUUACCACUGCCAACCACUUCAAUGCUUGGGCUUCACAUGGAAUGAAUCUAGGCGCUCAUGACUACCAGAUUCUUUCCACUGAGGGCUUCUCGAGCAGUGGACACGCUCACAUGUCUGUUUGGUAA